UGCCCAGUGGCCAGUCCGGCGGCUGGCGGCGCGAUGGAGGCGCCGGCGGAGCUGCUGGCCGCGCUGCCGGUGCUGGUCACCGCGCUGGCGCUGCUGCUCGCCUGGCUACUGGUGCGGCGCGGGGCGGCCACUGCGUCCCCGGAGUCUCCGGCCGAAGCCAGCGAGGCUCCCGUGCCACCGCCUCAUGGAGCCCCAGAGCCCACGGCCGCGCCCGAGGAGGGGCAGGGGGAGCCCGCGGAGGAGGAGGAGGCCACCGAGGCCGGGCAGGUGGAGGAGAUGGACCCAGACGGUGAGAGGGGCCUGCCCCAAGAAGGGCCAGAGGAAGAAGACGGAGAGGGGACCUUCUCCUUCAAAUACAGCCCUGGGAAGCUGCGGGGGAACCAGUACAAGCAGAUGAUGACCAAAGAGGAGCUGGAGGAGGAGCAAAGAGUUCAGAAAGAACAGCUGGCUGCCAUCUUCAAGCUUAUGGAGGACAACAAGGAGACAUUCGGAGAGAUGUCGGACGGGGACGUCCAGGAGCAGCUCAGACUCUAUGACAUGUAGGCCCGUCACCGCGCUCCAUGCAGCCGCCACCACUGCCUAGCAAGACAUCCAUGACCCACCGCGCCGUGACUCUGUCCUGACCCUUGGCCCACUUGUUAUUUCCAGACUUUUGUAGGCUUACUCUUAUUUUAUAUACACGUAUGUAGAGGUAUAUUAGAUACAGACUUGAUAGAGUUUUUGCAAUUUCUAUAUCAUUUUCUAGGACUCAGAAUUGUUUUCUGCAGAGGAGAAAAUCCCUGGUUCCUUUGGCUUCUGCCUGCAGGUGGGGUUCCAGCUGUCAUAGGGGAAGCCCUCUGGGCUGUCUUGGGAGCGAAAUUAAAUCUGCCCUGCUGUCCCAGGGCAGGCAGCAGCCUUGGGGCUGGCUUGAAGGCACACAGCAUGGAAAGAAUUCAGGGGUUGGGGAAGCUGGGAGCCCUGGUGGCACAGUGGUUAAGAGCUUGGCUGCCAACCAAAUGGUUGGCAGUUCAAAUCCACUAGCUGCUCCUUGGAAACUCUAUGGGGCGGUUCUACUCUGUCCUAUAGGGUUGCUAUGAGUCGGAACUGACUGGAUGGCAGUGGGUUUGGUUUUGGAUUUUCGUGGGGCAGAUGAGUACCAGGUCCUGCAGCAUGAGGAUCCAGCCUAGUAACACUGCAUGCUCAUUCUGCCUUAGAGGGAUUUCUGGAAGCUUCUGUGAUUGUCAGAAAGCAAGCAGUAGGAGAGCAUUCUUUUAGCAAGAAGUCUAAUUCAGAGACUCAACUUCCAUCCUGUAAUAAACAGUGGUAUCAGAGUUUGGAUCCUUUAAGGGCUCUCUCAUUUAAGCAGGAGACUUGCUUUAAACAUAAUUAAGCCAGAAGUGUUUGAGUGCUCAGAAUGCUCUUAGAAGAACUAGGCCAGACACUGCAGACAGAAAAAGACGAGACACAUCAAGCCUUGAUGUUAGGUGCCAUCAAGUUGAUUCCAACUCAUGGUGACCCCGCGUGACCCCAGAGCAGAACUGCCCCGUAGGCUUUCCUAGGCUGUCAUCUUUAUGAGAGCACAUUGUCAGGUCUUUCUCCUGCAAAGCACCUGGUGGGUUCACAGUGCCGACCUUUCAAUUAGCAGCUGAGCGCUUAGCCAUUGUGCCACCAGGGCUCCUAUAUGAAAUGUCUAGAAUAGGUAGAUCCAUUAGGACCAAAGGGGAUUAGUGGUAACCAGUGGGUAGGGGGAACAGGGAAUGGGAAUAAAAAGUUUCCAGUUUGGAACAAGAGGAGAACGGGUUGUUGUUGUCAGGUGCCGUCUAGUUGAUGGCAACUCGUAUUGACCCUGUGUGACAGAGCAGAACCCCCAAUAGCGUUUCUGAGGCUGUAAUCUUACAGGAGCAGAUCGCCAGGUCUUUUUCCCCUUGAAGCGACUGGUGGGUUCAAAUCGUCAGCUCUCAGUUGGCGCCUAAUCGUUACGCCACCAGAGCUUCUAUAUUAGGUCUAGGUUGGCAGCCGUAGCUCGCUGUAGCUCUUAGCCACUGCGCCACCAGGACUCCAUAUUAGGUCUUAGAGAUAUGUACAAGGAAUAGAGAACCUUGCCAGUCGGCAUUCGAUAAAAUACUCUUCAUAGAACAGUGCCUGGGACACGAUAGGGGCUCAGUAAGUGUCUGUAGAAGGAGCCCUGGUGGCACAGCAUUUCAGCACUCGGCUGCUAACUAAAAGGUCAGCAGUUUGAAUCCACCAGCCAAUCUAUGGGAGAAAGUUGUGGCAGUCUGCUUCCAUAAAGAUUACAGCCUCGGAAACCCUAUGAGACAGUUCUACUCUGUCCUGUAGGGUUGCUAUGAGUCAGAAUCUACUCAGCGUCAAUGGGGUUUUGAAGUGUCUGUGAGUGAGUGUGUGUACGACCUGUUUCUGAUCAUCACCUUGGCAGAAAACCCCACAGUUCUUGAGAAAACUGACUUGGGGGGUAUGCUAUAGAGAGACCCUCUGGAAGUUGUUGUCAAUGGUAAAUGUUUUUAUUUGCUGAAAUAAAACUGAAGCAACGGAGAGUUGAAGAAAACAGUGGCACUUACACCUCUCAGGCUCGUCAUCAGAGGAAGGACACAGUUAACUUACUUCCGUCAUCUCUUGCUAGAAGUUUCUCCUGGCCCCUCUCUUCCCCUCUGUUGUCAGAGGUCCUUUUGGUUCUUUGCUGACGAUGCAGUAGGAGGUUCUGUCUGUUAUAUCCAAACGU